AUGUCUAUUACACAUAUCACCUCAACCUCUCAGCUAAACACUAUCUUGUCGAAGUCGAAGGACAAGCUAUCUGUUAUCGACUUUCAUGCAACGUGGUGUGGGCCAUGCCAUGUGAUUGCUCCCGUAUUUGAAGCGCUCUCGAAACAGUUUACCAAUGUGAACUUCCUCAAAUGUGAUGUUGAUGCUGCGAGGGAUGUUGCGAGCAUGUACAGCAUCAGAGCAAUGCCAACCUUCAUAUUCUUGAAAGGAAGUACGAAGGUCGAUCAAGUGCAAGGCGCGAAUAAGUCUGGUCUUGAAGGUGCUCUGCGCCGCCAUUCUUCGGGAUCUCCCACUGGGACAUUCACCGGCAAAGGACAGACACUCGGCGGAGCGUCCCCGCCAGCGCCGGAAAGCGGGGAUGGUGGCAUGUUUGCGCAGUUCAAUAAAUUGGACCCCCAAGUGAAGGUUCUGGUCUAUCUACUUAUCGGGUAUAUCGUCUUCUGGUAUCUAAGCUGA